AUGAAGUCCGAUUCUACUCAACCUCAACAACUCGUAUUAAACCUUUUACACCUUCAAGAUGAAAUUUUGACGCUUAUUAUCGAGUAUUGUGUCCUUGACGAUAACAACAACAAUAAUAAUUUAUUAUGGAAAAUUGUUUUUGAGCAAAGAUUUGAUUCUUUGGCAUUAAAAAGAAGAUAUCAAAGAAAACAACUUUUAAAUAGUGAUAUUAAUAAUUAUAUUAGUCAUUGGAAAACUUGGUACAAAAAUCGUAGUGUGUGGCUAAAAGACAUUAUUAAUAAUAACGAGGAUCAACCUGAUUUGUUAAAAUUAAAGAGAAUUCAAAAAAUUUGUUCAGAAAAUGAUGGAAAAAACACAAGUCAGCUUAAAUUAGCAAGAGUGGUUGACUAUAUUAUAAGAUUGAUUGCCAUUAAUGGAACAAAUUUGGCUGGACUAAAUACAAGAGCUGCUGCAAAUGCAACCAACUAUCAAGCUGAAAGAGAGAAUGGCAUAAAUAUUGAAGGAGGAUUAACUAGAUUAGAAGUGGGAGCAGAAAUGGAAAGGGGAAAAGGUGGUGUCAAUGAUGGUGUUAACGAUUAUGAAGGUGGUGAUAAUGAAGGGAGAGAAGAUAAUGAUAAGGAAGAUAAUAUUGUUGAUGUUAUGAAUUUUAUUGAUAACAUUUUUAAUGGUGAUGUUGAUGAUGUUAAUCUUUUUUAUAAAUAUAAUAAAUAUAAUCAUAAGAUAUCAAAAUUUGCACUUUAUAUUCUUUCAAUGAUGUUGUCAUGGGAUCCAAAUAUUGCUACUAAAAUAAGAUAUCAUAAGAACGAUGAAGGUUUAAAUCUUUGGAAAAUCAUUACUUCAUCAGUGAAUAAAGAUAUAAGUUUUGAAAUUAAUGAAAAUUUAAAUAUCUUUUAUCCACCACGUGGCCGUAUUUUGAACUAUAGUUUGGAGAAGGCGUUGAAAACACAUAUUUAUUUCCGUACAAAACUUUUCACGACUGAUCUUUCAACACUAAUAUAUGAUUAUAUUGAACCACCAAAAAUUAGACCAAAUAGUAAAUUAUUUGAUGGUCUGUAUGGAUUAAAUGGAGAAGGAGUCAAAAAAAAUUUUCCUUACGAUAAAGGUAGUUUGGAUGGAAAAUGGGCAGGAUAUUAUGCUUAUAAAAGAUUUAUUCAUGAUGAUGAUCUUGUUGAGGAAGAGAUGGAUAGAGAUGAUUUAUCAGAUAGAGUUAAUUACGAUGGAUCGAUGAAAAUGAAUUUGAAUUUUACUGAAGUUAAAAAUGAAAUAAUUCAUAAACAGGAACAAGAACAAAUAAUUGUAAUGUAUUUUAAUGGUCGUGGUACUGAUUAUAUCGGAGAAUAUAUUAUUUAUGAUGGAAAAAUCACAUCGAGAGCAAAAUUGAGUUUUCACAAAAAAUAUAUCAAUACAAAUCAAAAUCCAUGGAUAUAUGAUGGAGUAUUAACACAAAUGGGAAUGUUGGGUGAUUGGGGAGAACAUAGUUAUGUGGGUG